GGCUUGCUUAUAAGUCGAAUCCUUUCAACCCAUCUCAAUGGCAUAUAUUAGCUACCCCCUCACCAUACACCUGAAGAGUAGUGCGAAGUUCUAUUGUAAUAUCUCUACAACCAUAUACAAGAUCAAUGGAUUCUAUGACACAAAAUAAUAAGCUGCCCGCUUCAACUAAGGAUCCUGAACGUGUGGCCAAGCAUCAUCUUACUCAUAUGUCACCACCUACUGAAGAAUCGAGUGGCGCCGACGUGCGCCCUCUAAGCUGGCUGUUUGGUCUUCACAAAGUCCCACAGCAGUCAGGCUCUUCCAUAUUCCAGGAGGCCGGUCCAGCAUCUCAACCGUUGCCUCCUAGUAAAGAUCCGUGGUACAAGGCACCGGCCGGGUUUGAAACCAAAGAGCCCGGUACUAUUCUCAGGAUACGUCCUGCACCAGGUAUUCUUGCCUUCGUUGGUAACAGCUCGGCUUCGUAUAAUAUACUCUACCGCACCACCGAUUCACGCUAUCGGCCUUCUUGGGCCGUUACCACGUUACUUAUUCCUAAAUCCUUCUAUGUCUCCCCCUCGGGAAAGACGGCCAUGCUGUCUUACCAAUUCGCAUACAACACGGUCAACCUUGACUCCAGCCCCUCGUACACCUUGAACCAGGAGCAAUUGCAGUCCAAUGUCGACCUCGGCAUUCAGUCGAAUACCUCGCUGCUUACCGAAUUGCUUGGACAAGGCUGGAUCAUCAACACUCCCGAUUUCGAAGGCCCUAGCGCGGCCUUCGGUGCCAGUGUGCUGGCUGGACACGCCACGCUUGACUCAAUCCGUGCGGUUCUCAACUUGGCGCGCUUGACUGGCGAUGCCAACAUCACGACCGCCAUGUGGGGCUACAGCGGCGGCAGUAUCGCCACCGAGGCCGCCGCCGAACUGCAGGUUCAAUACGCCCCCGAGCUCGACAUCUCCGGGGUCGUGGUGGGAGGCCUAGCAGACCACGUCUCCGAUAACAUGGACAUGCUCAACAAGAGCCCCAUCGCCGUUUCCCUAGUAGCCGCCCUCCUGGGGACGACGUCGCAGUAUCCCGAAGCCGCGGCGUACGUCCGCAGGCGGCUCCGGCCCGAGACGGCCGACCAGUUCCUGAGCGCGAGGGACAUGGAUUUCGGCGCCUCGCUGCGGGCCUUCGCGAUGAAGGACAUCUAUGGGUAUUUCGUAGGCGGGGCGGCGGAUCUGAAAGAGCCGGUGCUGCGCAGGGUGUUCGACGUGGAGGGGAGGCGCGGGUUCCACGGCGUGCCUGCUAUGCCCAUGUUCAUGUACAAGGCUAUCGGGGACGAGUUCUGCCCGAUAGAUAUGACGGACCGGCUGGUAGAGAGGUUCUGCGGUAGAGAGGUUCUGCGGUAGGGGGGCGGACGUCACGUAUGAGAGGAACAGCGUGGGCGGACAUGUGUCUGAGAUUGCGAACGGGAAGGGCAGGGCGGUUAGGUGGCUUUGGAGUGUUUUUGACGAAUCUUACGUCCCGGCUGCGGAGGGGGGUGCAAUCCGAGAUGUUGCAGUAAACAUGUCUUCUUUAGAUACGUAGGAAUCUGUUUGCAUUUGUUUUGUUAACGCUUGUUUCUUUUUUGUCUAGAGAGCCUGUCGUUGACAAGCA